UUUCCUGCUUUGCCUCAUGACAGAUACAACCAGAGGUGUUUCUUGCAACCUGGUGAACAGACUGGAAAUUCAACAUGCCAAAAGGAGAAACAAAAACUGCACAAGUUUCAGACGAUGACACUGUUGUCACCGUAGUGCUGCUGGGACAAAACAGCAUUGAUAAAUGCCUCAUAGGAAACACCAUGCUUGGAUACAGCUGUUUUCAGCCAGGAAAGUCCAUGUAUCAAAAGGCUCUAGGAAGAAUGAGGGACGAGCUGCUCUACAUUAUAAACACCCCAGACCUUUUCUGGAGACUAUGCCAAGAACCAGAAGCUAACACUAUAGAGGAGAUGAAGCCAUCAUACACGGGUCCACGCAUGUUCCUCCUUGUACUCCAUGAUAAACAGCUCUCCCAGGAAGAGGUGGAGAUGUUCACCCAACUGAAGGAGAGAUUUGGAGAGAAAAUGACAAAAAAUAUUACUGUAGUGUUGAUCGACAGCAAAGAGUCAUCAAGACUGUCCUGCAACAUAGAGGAUAUAAACCUAAAAAAGAUUUUACAUGAAUGUGACGAGAGAAUUUGCGUCUUCAGCAAAGAUUCGGCAGACUCAGAUCUGGUCAGACAGCUAUUGAUACAUAUUACAAAAACGUCAGAGGAACUUGUAGCUGACCCUGGCAGUUCAUCAUUAUCCUGUAGAUUACAUGAAGACAUGAACAAGCACGUUCAUCAGAAGGAAAAAGAUGAGACAGAACAACCAAAGACAACACCAGGGGAGAGUGUGAAUGUCAAGCCAUUUGGAGGUGACUGCAAGAUCAUCACCAUGGUGCUUCUGGGAGUGAACAGCGAUGACAAGUGCCUGAUAGGGAACAGUAUUCUCCAGCAUGACUGUUUCAUGGCUGGAAAAGCCACAUGUGAGAGGGUUGUCGCUAGAGUAGCCGACCAGAUGGUCUGUAUUGUCAACACUCCUGACCUUUUCUAUAAACCAGGCCCAGAUCCAAUAGCUGACAGUAUGGAGGAGAUGAAGCCAUCAUACGCAGGUCCACGAAUGUUCAUCAUGGUACUGCAGGACAAAACAAUCUUGCAGGCAGAGAUGGAGAUGUUCAGUCAAUUGAAGGAGAGAUUUGGAAAGAAACUGCUUGAAAACAUGCUUGUUGUGCUCAUAGGUAGCAAUGAAAGUAACUUAAGAGAGACCUUUGAAGCUGAUAAGACCCUCAAAAAGAUUCUAGAUGAGUGCAAGGAGACAAUUUAUGUUUACAGGAGUAAUGUUAAAAGCGCUGAGCUGGUCGAACAGCUUAUAGGACAAAAUAACAACAUGCAGGAAUCUGAGAAAAACUGAAUAUAUCAGUUACAAAUCAGCUCAGUGUGUAACUGAAAUUGUGCUAUAAAACAGAUUUUGUUGAAUACAUAUAGAAGAGUUAUAAUCAGUGUAAUGUCUGUGUGUAACCAAAUGAUGGUGCAAUAAACAUA